UGGUGGACCGGCUUGAGCCGGAAUAUAAAGCAGCGAGACAACAGAGAAAAUUGGCAAGCGGGGCUCGGGUGAGACAGGGGAGACUAGAAGGUGGCAGAAGGGUGGCCGAGGAGCAGUACGGGACGGCCAGAUAGAACGGAGGGAAGGGGAUCCCCGAAGAGCUUUGUCUUACAUUUAAAUUUCUUUUUGUAAAAUAAUUUUAACAGCUCAUACGUGAAGCCACCACGUUCAGUGAAAACAUCAGAGAGCGAAAUAGUUAAAUGAGACAGGGUAAAACAAGGAAAAAAUAACCAUGAUAGGCUAGUUUAGAUAAACAGUGAAGUGUUUAUACAUAUUUAUAUAUUUUUUGUGAAGGACAUCGAUUCUCACUCAGUACACCGUGAGGACAGUCUGAAUGAUGGGUUUUGUUGCUCGAGUGAAGGGGUGCGGAGGUCCAAAUGUCUACACAGAAGAGCCUGAUGGGGGCUGGGGAUGGGUUGUUGCUGUGGCCUUCUUUUUUGUGGAAGUAUUUACAUAUGGAAUAAUUAAGAGCUUUGGAAUAUUUUUUGAGGACUUAAUGACACAACUGAAUGAAUCUAACAGCAGGGUAUCAUGGACUCUUUCCAUAUGUGUCUUUGUCAUGACCUUUACAGCUCCAUUGUCUACAAUACUGAGUAAUCGUUUUGGACAUCGACCAGUAGUCAUGUUGGGGGGUGUCCUCAUCAGCCUGGGAACUAUUCUGUCUGCCUUUGCAAACUCAAUUGUACAAAUGUAUCUGACUCUGGGCAUAAUUUCAGGACUCGGAUAUUGCCUUAGUUUCCUUCCUACUGUCACCAUCCUCUCCCAGUACUUCAAAAAGCGCCGCUCACUCGUUACUGCAGUUGCCUCUACAGGGGAAUGCUUCUCUGUGUUUGCUUUCGCUCCAGCUUCUACUGCUCUGAAGAAUCAAGUUGGCUGGAGACACACUAUGGUUGUAAUAGGAGUUCUUCAGUUUACUAUCACUGUCUGUGGAGCUUUGUUGCAGCCAAUAGUCAUAGAAGCUGAAAAAAAGCCACAUCGGUCAGAGAAAAAACUUAAAAAAACAGAACAAGCAGAGACCAGAUAUAUACUUGAAAAUGAACAAACACGCACAUCGAUUGACUCGGUGGACUCAGGAGUUCAGUCUCUAUCUACCUCACAGACAAAUAUCUCUGAAACCUGCAAAAAUUCAGAGCAGGAAGUGGCAAAGGAGGAAGAGGCUGGAAUUCUUCCACCAGUGUCACUGAACACUGAAACAUCCAACACUCUUUUCAGAAACAAACUUCUGGAUUUCUCCCUGCUCAAAGACUGCAGUUUCAUCUGUUACACACUUUUUGGACUCUUUGCAACCAUGGGAUUCUUUGCACCUCAGCUGUUUGUCAUUCCUCUUAGCAUCAGUUUGGGAAUUGAGAAGGAGCAAGCAGCAUACAUGUUAUCUGCCAUGGCUGUGGCCGAGAUCUUUGGAAGGAUAACUGUGGGGUGGGUGCUUAACAAGGAACCCAUCCCGAAGAUUUUAAUUGAACUCAUUUGUGUCUCGCUGCUUUGUAUUGUGCUCAUCGUCUUCCCAUUUGCCACAGAUUUCUGGGGUCUUAUGACUUGCUGUGUGCUAUAUGGUUUCUUCCUGGGAACAGUGGCUGCAACUCACAUUCCUAUGCUGGCAGAGGAUGAUGUGGUAGGCAUCCAGAGAAUGCCAUCUGCUGUGGGAGUGUACGUUUUCAUCCAGAGCUUUGCGGGGCUGGCUGGCCCACCCCUUGGAGGUUUUCUAGUAGAUGUAACAAAGAGUUAUGGAUCGGCUUUUUAUUCAUGUGCUGCUGGAAUGGGGUUGGGAGCACUUUUCUUGGCUUUGGUAAGGCCUGCAAAAACUGGCCUCUGCAAACGAAAAAGAAGGAAACCAAAAACUGAAAAAGACUUAAAGUGCAAAAAGCCACAGAAAAUUUCUGAGGAAACUAAAGCUGAGGAAGAGUCUGAAGAAUUUCUGGAAGUUGAUUUGAUUAAAGAAGAAAUCAGUUCCAAAAAUGAGCACCAAAAUGACAUUGUUUGAAUAAUUUAAUUCCAAAGGGACCUGGGCAUGCACUUCACGUCGUGAACCAUAGCACUCUGAACGUCUCAAUAAAGCAGCUUUUGCACAAGACAGCACCUAGAAAAAAAUGGUUUUAAAGAAAUGAAGUAUGAACCCAUCCCCCUGCCCCAACUUAUUUUAACCCUUAUGCAGUUAUAUAGUAGAGGUAAAUAAUAUAAAAUGCUGCAUAUUAAAGAGUACUCACAGAGGUUCCAACAAUAGGUAUCUCAAAUGAAGGCUUUUCCAAUCGGGUCAUCCUCUAUGGGUCACUUUCAAAGUGCAGGGAUUUUUCAUUAUUGUUUUACUCCAUAAAUACUUGAACCAGACUUGCAUUCUGUGAUAGACUAUGUUGUAAAUUGCUCUCAUUUUAGUUAACAAAAAUUUGAAUUGGUGUUGGUGUUCAGAAGGGCAAAAAAAUCAUUGUCUUAAUUGUACAACUUUGAGAAAUGUUCACAUCGUUUUAAAAUAAGCUUCUCAGAUGAAAUAGCCCAUGUUGUUAAAAAGAAAUGAGACAGAUUGAAAUCUGUAAUCGUAACUUCUCAUAUGUGAUGGCUAGAGGAGCCUGUUUGUAUGUUCCCUCUUACACAUACACUGACUUUAGCACUGAAAAAUACCAACAUCUGCUUACAUGCAGUGACUUGGGGAAAAAAAAACUUGGUAAAGUGUGAGCAAAUACUACACACAUCUAACAGGUCAAAUAUCGAGCCUGCUAGAGCAUAGGAUCCUUGAUUCUGGAAUCCAGAUUUUGUUUUUCUGGAAAGAAAUUAAUUUAUCUGCAUUAUUGAUUUAUGAAACAUUUUACUGCCUUGAAUUCAUAAUUCAUUGUAUGACUGCUACACCUCUGUCUGUAGUGCAGACAAUGGAAUGACUAAUCUAUAUACUGUCAGAAUGAGUAAUGGUUGAGAUGAGAUAUUAGAAAAUGUUAUCAAGUAAAUGAAACUUAAUCUGACAACAGACAUAUCCGUGCACUAGAGGUCAGAAAGAUAGAUAUACUUCAUUUGCUUAACUUUCCCAAAGGAAAAUUAGAAGUUAAGUUUAGAUAGGUAACACUUAAGACAUGAGAAAGAUAUAUAAAAGUUCACAUCUAAAGCCCCCAGGUUCCCCCACCUGCCUGCCUGCCUACCUACCUAUAGUAAUAACAAGGCAAUGAAAGGUGAGAUGUUUUAAUAUUGUGCACUCAAUACAGAUAGUAUGAACUGGGACAGGCUUUAUUUCUAUGUUGUCUUCUGUGGAGGACAUUGAAGAAUUGUACACUGAAUACUGUACAUCAUUGCCUCUUUAAAAAAAAAUAUAAAACAUACACAGAAGUUUCAUAUUAAGAAGAGUAACUCCUGCUUCAUGUUUUAUGUACUUCAAAUUAUUAUUCAGGCAUUGGUUCUGUGACCCUGCCUGCAGCAUGGAUCAAUACUUAAAAGUGUACCUCACUUAAAUAUUUAUUAAACCUCACAGAUUUUUGUAUGUACGUUGUAUUUCAUUGUAGCUAAUUUAUUAUUUUGAUAAAUUUAAAUUAUUCUGGAUUGUUUUAUGUAAUGCUUUUUGUCCGUGUUGAAAAAGUCUGCAAAGUGCCUACACCAAUGCUGACAUUAUUUUCUACUGGCUCCAGUGAUUGAUCUAGAUCCAAAGAGAAUACUGGGGAGUCCCCUCUUUAUAGAUUCCGUAAUGUAAAGUUUAUACAGUCAUGUGCCCUGCCACAAAUUACAAGAAUGGACACUUUUCCAAAUUGAGUAAACUUAAUUUUACAAAAUACAAAGGAAGAAUUGUUUUACACAGAAAGUGUAUUAUGGUGUUGAACUGCAAGUUGAGGGCAUAGAAUCUGCAAGUUUUCAGCUAAUUUCUCCUUAUGUAGACAUUUACGUAAUAAGUUAUAUUUCUGCUUUUGACUUUCCUUCUUGUUUAAUCAAGUGCUUUGUUCAGAUGUUCUUAGCCAGUUUUAAUAACAUUCUUAUCUGUAUUUCCAUUUUAAAGAUUUUUAUGAUACCCAUUCAUUGGUAGAUAUGAGACAGUUUACUGUACUGUACUGUAACCCGACUCUCAUUCUGGCUGUACAGCAUUUAUUUUAUCAGAUCAAAAAGUCUUUACAGCAGGAGUGUCAAAGUCAGAUCCUGAAAGGCAACUGUAGAUUUUCAUUCCAGCAAUUUUUCUUAAUGAUUGCCUGAUUACUAUUACGAAUGGAAAAGACUUCUUUUGCCUUAAUUUCAAGUGAAACUCUUUAUUAAGAUUCACAACCGUUAAUUGUUUCUAGCAGUCAAAUAAUAAUGAAAUAUAAUGAGAGCCAACAGAUCACUAGGUAAUUCACAAGUCUGACUUCAUUUUUGCUCCAAUUUCUUAAUUAAAAGUUGAUACUUAACUCUUAAUGAAACACAUGUAUUUAAUAUAUGGCUUCCUAGUGCUCUCAUUCUGCAACACCAACUGCUGAUUUUCUCUUUUUUUAGAGAACCAUAAAAAUGGUCUGUGGACUACAGCAGAUUGAUAUUUCUCAGGGCUUCACUGCUUUCAUUAAAAGGGAAACCAUUAUGGGUUCUAAAUUUUAAAACCAAGUUAAUUAAAAUUAAGACAAAGUACAUUCUGCCAUUAGCAACAGUAAUUGUUACGAUUCAAGAUCUGCUUGGAACAAAAACGGCUCUCCAGGAUCUGAAUUUGACAUCCCUGCUUUAGAGAACCUUUAUAGUACUCAACCUGAAAAUUUCAAAAUGAACUGUUUUUCCUUUAUGGCUGGCUAUAUAACAAUAGUUUUUCAACUUAAAAGUGAAGUAAACAUCUGAAUAGAAACCUCAGGAAAAGCAAACUAACUAUUGUACGUACAAGGAGCAGCCACAGCAGAAAUUCUCCAACAAGAAAUCUUCCACAGUUGUGGAUUCCUGGCCCUGUACUCAGAGUUGAAAUUGCGUGUAUUUUUGUUAAUGCAUAUAGUAGAUAAGAAAAAACAGUUUUAAUAUCCCAGAUAUUUUUUAAAAGUGUAUACAAUUCUAUUCUGAAAGUGCAGUGCAAUUUUCAAGCAAGCUGACGUUUUUUUGCUACACAAAAUAAAGUGGCCUUAACAUGCAGUAUUUGUCUGCUCCCAUAUGGAUCUUUCUGAAGCUACAUUUUUUUUCCAUGUUUUGCAACAAGUUCAAGUAUAACUUAUACCUUUAACAAGAAUGUACUCCUCAAUGUGUGUCCUAGUUUCAGGAGAUUACACAAAACUUUUAUUGGUCUUGUUAUGUCAUUUUAUUGGGAAGGGUAUCUUUGCAACUUUUGCACUUUUGUAAUCAUGUUUGAUUUCAGUAUUUUUGAGUCAAAUCCUUUUUUUCGUUUGUACAUUUUAUCAGUACAUUAGAGUAUAGAUAAGAAAGGGCGUAUUUGGCAAUAUGAAAUUACAAACCCUCCCUCUUACCCUGAAUGAUGUGUUUGCUGGGGUUGUUACUGUUGCCAAACUAUUGAAUUUUUUCAAAAUAAAUAAAUGUUGUCCCU